AUGAUCCCAUCCUCGCACCAACGGCAAACUCGGGGCUGCGCCUCCCAUGAGAAUGGUAAUGGGAGUCAGCCACUGAGUCACCCACCAUUCCCAAUGGCGACCAACGGCACGCUCGAUGACGAUGGCCUCGACUCGGCCUCGAUCCCAUCACACCCUCUCGGCAUCAGACCGCUAGGCAACAAGUACUUCUCGGGCGGCGGGGAUGCCCGGCGAUCUAUGGGAGUGUUGCAGAUUUUGCCCGACGAGAUGCUGAUGCAGAUGUUGGAGUAUUUGGAUGAGAGGACGUUGAGAUUGUUUGGCUACACGUGCAAAUUUUUGUUUGCGUGUUGUGUAUCUGACGACAUCUGGAAGACCAUCUUGUUAGAAACGGAACUUGGCAGCAAGUGCUCCUUCGAAUGGCGGGGAUCUUGGAGAGCUACGGUACUGGGUUUGUCCCCUGAGCAAACGGCCCGUGUAGACUGCCGGAAUGUCUUUUCCGAUGUGCUGCAUCGCCCGUUUGUCUGCAGUCACAUCUCCUUGCGCCACUACACCAAAAACAUCCCGCUGGCUAACGAGAUUGACCGCUUCGAGGAUCUCUCGUUCGACGAGUUCGCGGAGAAGUGGAGCAAGAAGCCGUUUGUCUUGACCAAGUGCAUUCAGCCUUGGCCAGUCACCGGGUCAUGGACGCUGGGGAGUCUGCUCUCUGACUACGGCGACGUCGUAUUCCGGGCAGAAGCGGUGGACUGGUCAUUCGCAACCUACCACCAGUACAUGCGGGAUAACCAAGACGAGAGCCCGCUCUACCUAUUCGACCGGAGGUUUGCCGAGAAGAUGUCACUCAAGGUGGGUAAAGAGGAGCCGGGGGCGGCAUAUUGGAAGCCGGAGUGCUUUGGCCCCGACCUGUUCGAGCUCCUGGGCGCCGAGCGGCCGGCCCAUCGAUGGCUCAUCGUCGGCCCCGCGCGCAGCGGGUCAACCUUCCACAAGGACCCCAAUGCGACGAGCGCGUGGAACGCCGUGAUUGAGGGCGCCAAGUACUGGAUCAUGUUCCCACCGUCUGCGGCGGUACCGGGGGUGUACGUCUCCAAAGACAGCAGCGAGGUGACCAGCCCGCUCAGCAUUGCGGAGUGGCUGCUGGAAUUCCAUGCAGAAGCCCGCGGGCUGCCGGAGUGCCGGGAGGGCAUCUGCAAGGCGGGCGAGAUUCUCCACGUCCCGAGCGGCUGGUGGCAUCUCGUGGUAAACCUCGAGGACGGGAUCGCGCUGACGCAAAACUUUGUCCCUGAAUCCCAUCUCGGGGGUGUUCUGUCCUUUCUCAAGGACAAAGCGGACCAGGUGUCCGGAUUCGAGAAGGAUGUCUCUGAUCCGUACGAUCUAUUUGUCAGCCGGCUGCGGGAGGAACGGCCCGAGUUGUUGGAGGACGGACUCAGGCAGCUGGCCGAAAAGAAGCGACGGUGGGACACGGUGGUCGGCGAGGAUGGUGAUAGUUCCGGCGAUCAACCCCAAAAGAAGACGGCUGGUUUCAGUUUUGGCUUCGGGGAUGGGGACGAAGACGACGAGAUUCCCUGA